GGGGGGACGACCGGACGAGUCAUCCACCUAAGUGGUCCUCUAAUUUCGUUCCGUAAAUUUUGUUUCCCGUACCAUUAUUUUUUUGAGCUGUGGAUACUUCAUUUCAGUUCCACCAAUCAUUAUAGCUCACGGUCUGAGUUCAGAAUUCUCUCUCUAUAGGCGGUUCCUGAUGGCGGAGAAAAUCAAGAUUCUGGUUAUCGGCGGCACAGGAUACAUCGGAAAAUUCAUAGUGGAGGCCGCCGCCAAGUCCGGUCACCUCACAUUUCUUCUCGUUAGAGAAGCCACUCUCUCUAACCCCGCAAAAUCCAACAUAAUCGAGAACUUCAAAAACUCAGGGGUCAAAUUCGUCAUCGGAGAUAUUUAUGAUCACCAGAGUUUGGUGAAGGCUAUAAAAGAGGUGGAUGUGGUGAUUUCAACAGUAGGACAUGGUCAGUUGGCGGAUCAGGAUAAGAUCAUUUCUGCCAUUAAAGAAGCUGGUAAUGUUAAGAGGUUCUUUCCUUCAGAAUUUGGAAAUGAUGUGGAUCGUGUACAUGCUGUUGAGCCUGCAAAAUCAGCAUUUGAGAUCAAGGCAAAAAUCCGCAGAGCUGUUGAGGCUGCGGGUAUUCCAUACACCUAUGUGUCGUCCAACUUCUUUGCUGGCUAUUUCCUUCCCACUUUGUCACAACCUGGAGCUACAGCGCCCCCAAGAGAUAAAGUUAUCAUUUUAGGGGAUGGAAACCCCAAAGCUGUUUUCAACAACGAAGAUGAUAUUGGUACAUAUACUAUCAAAGCUGUGGAUGAUCCAAGAACCUUGAACAAAAUUCUCUACAUCAGACCUCCUCUCAAUACAUAUUCAUUCAAUGAUCUCGUUUCUUUGUGGGAAAGGAAGAUUGGAAAAACCCUUGAGAGGAUCUAUGUUCCAGAGGAACAACUGCUGAAGAAUAUUCAAGAGUCUGCUGUUCCUAUCAACGUGGUCCUAGCAAUUAGUCACUCUGUGUUCGUGAAGGGAGAUCACACAAACUUUGAGAUCAAGCCAUCAUUUGGAGCUGAGGCUUCAGAGCUCUAUCCCGAUGUUAAAUACACCACCGUGGAUGAGUACCUUAAUCGGUUUGUGUGAAACUGGUGCAACAAACUUCAUCCUCUAAAUAAUUCUGUUGUAUUCCAAUUAUCUAGUGUGUGAUGGUAUCUGAAAUCUCAAGCCAUCAUUUGAAGUUGAGGCUCCAGAGCUCUAUCCCGAUGUUAAGUACACCACUGUGGAUGAGUACCUUAAUCGGUUUGUGUGAUACUGGUGCAACAAACUUCAUCCUCUAAAUAAUUCUGUUGUAUUCCAUGUUUCUAGUGUGUGAUGGUAUCUGAAUAUCUUUCCCUUCGUUGGAUUUGUGUUGAUCCCGUAAGAUGGCAGUGAGCUACGGUGUUGAUUAAUAAAAGCCUAAACUGCUUGUUGCUAAAUUAGAUAUAGACCAUGGCCAGUAAAAUGAGAGUAUUUAU